CAAAAUGUCUGAAGAUCAGAGAAACACUGAAGAAGUAAUGUCUUCAGAAAGAAAAACCAGUGAAGAGCAAGGAGUUAAGCGAAAUGUGUAUCAGAAAGUAUUGGAUCUUGAUGACGUCUUGACUGAUGAGCUGGGGCAGUUCGGUUGGUUCCAGAUACGGAAUAUACUCUUAGUUGCUUACCCCAUUAUAAUUUGUGGUCUUAUGACUGAGUACAUAUUCUCUGCGGCGGCUACACCACACAGAUGUCGCAUCCCAGAAUGCGGUGAAGACGGAAAAUCGCACUUAUUCGACCCAACGUGGAUCACAAACGCAGUUCCAGAAACUGGUUCAGGGCUGGCCAGCUGCGAGAGAUACGCUCCUCGGGACCUGGGAACUAAUGGCACCUUGGAGUUCUGUCCCUCUGAACUGUUCGAUCAAUCCAAGACUAUUGAAUGUGACGGUUUUGUUUACGUCCGAGACAACACAGUUGUGUAUGAAUUCGACCUCGGAUGUCAAGAAUGGUUGCGAGUCCUGGCAGGCACAUUGUACAGCAUAGGAACUUUGCUAGUGCUACCGAUAACAGGGUACAUCUCGGACCGCUACGGGCGAAGGAUAGCCCUGAUCAUCAACAUCUUCAAUCUGGGCCUGUUCGGUCUCAUCCGAGCCUUCUCCGUCAACUAUCCGAUGUACUUGGCUCUACAAAUCUUGCAGACGACAUUUGGCGCCGGUGCUUAUAGCUCAGCGUAUAUUUUUGCUGCUGAGCUGGUUGGACCAAAGUAUCGCGUUUUCACAAGUGCUACUUCGUCUUCAAUAUUCUCCAUAGGCCAGGUUUUACUUGGCAGCAUAGCAUGGUUGAUCCCAGAAUGGCGCUACAUGAUCAUAGCCCUUCAUGUCCCUUGCUUCGUGAUCAUUGGGUACUACUGGGUUCUCUCUGAAAGCGUAAGAUGGCUGCUUUCGAAACAGAAGUAUCCAGAGGCUAAGAAAAUAUUGGAAACUGUUGCAAGGGUGAACAGAACACACAUCAGUGAGAAGUCUAUGGAAGCACUUAUGAACCCACCCCAACCUACAGUUCCUGUACCUAAUGCUCAGAGACCUGGAUUAAUCCGCACGAUAAUAAGCUCUCCAGUUUUACUUAGAAGAGUAUGUACGACACCGAUCUGGUGGAUAACCAUGACUCUGGUCUUCUAUGGACUCUCCAUCAACUCCACUAGCCUCUCUGACACCAUGCAUUUGAACUACAUCUUGACAUGUGCCAUCGAAAUUCCCGGUUACUUCACAGCUGUCUUGCUCUUGGACAGAAUCGGCAGAAAAAUCACCUUGUGUUCUGGGUUCUUCUUCAGCUCCGCGUGCAACAUCGCUUUUGUCUUUAUCCCUAUGAACUUUGCAGUUCUGAGGCUGGUGGUAUACCUGCUGGGCAAGUUCGGCAUCUCGACGGUGGUGACGUCACUAUACCUGUUCACAUCGGAGCUCUACCCCACUGAGUACCGACACACUUUACUCGCCUUCUCCUCCAUGAUUGGUCGCAUAGGGUCCAUUACUGCACCAUUAACACCAGCACUUAUGAGCUAUUGGCACGGCAUCCCCUCGUUGAUGUUCGGCUGCCUGGGCAUCGUCUCCGGCCUGCUGGCUCUCACGCAGCCCGAGACCCUGGCCACCAAGAUGCCCGACACCCUGGCGGAAGCUGAGGCGAUCGGAAAACCAGAAUCAAAGAUAAAACAGACUAGUUCAUCUAGCUGA